CUCUUUGUUCCACGAACCAUGACUUGGGCUCAGGCUGAGAGAAACUGUCUCUCCUUAGGUGCAAACCUUGCAUCCGUACGUGGAGCUGAGGAGUAUCACGGGAUUAAAAGGCUGGUAGCAGAUAAAACUCAUGGGAAUUCACAGACUUGGCUCGGAGGCUCUGACAGUGAAGAGGAGCGUGUCUGGUUCUGGAGUGAUGGUACACCUUUCACCUUUUCAUACUGGUGCAGGGGAGAGCCAAAUAACGAUGGAUAUCAGCACUGUUUACAAAUGAACUAUGGAGGUGACAAAUGCUGGGAUGAUACAAAGUGUCACUACCACCUUCAAUCUGUCUGUGUAAAGAAAACCACCUGAUUCAUGGGCUGACACAGAGGCAUGAAGCACCUGGAAAAAUCUAAAACAUGGGUGGAUAUUUUCUCUCUCUUCAUGCCAUCAGUCUCAUGUGUACACUGAAGGCUCUAUAUCUCAUUUCAUGUCUUUAUGUUCUUCUCUAUCGCUGUAACGCUACUUAAAAAACUAAGUGACAAGUGAAUUAAGAAGAUCUGGAUCGUCUCAGAGGCCUUGUGCCUUUAAUAACAGCAGACUGAAUGUGUUAUGAAAGAAUGCUUUUAGCACAAACUUGUUCUGCAGAGCGAACUGUUCUUUCUUGUCUCAUGCAAAUUAAAAGGUUCAAUCA